UCGUACAUAUCCGUACCGUCCAACCACCGCUACUACAAAGGAAAUAUCCCAGAGCCUGCUGUAAGCCAUAAAAAGAUGGGGGCAAACCUCACUUCUUAACCAGAGAAGAACGAGAAAAAGGAUGCCACCAAUCAAAUGAAAAAAAAAGAGUAAAGGAAAGUAAGAAAAGCAGCUCCCCACCCCCACUCAGCAACAACUAGCGGCACUCCAACGCAGACGAACAUGCCCAGCCCCAAAAACGCAGGUCCGACUUCAACAGCACGAACCAUCCACUGCACACCCGCGACGCCUGCACCCGCAAACACCCCCUUGACGAGAUUCGCGGCGACGGCUGCCCCAGGGGCAUCGAGAGGCCAGAGAUCCGAAACGAGCGUUUGGUGGAUCCCACAAAUUGCAUGCGCGGAGGUCGCGAUGACGAAUUGGAGAAGCAGCGGCACCAUUGGCCAAGCAGAGAGCGUAGUAACAGCGUGAUACAUCAACGAAAACCCAUAAAAGCUAGUCGCGAGUACAAACAACACUAUCAACACCGGCAACCUUGACAACCGUGUUCGUUCGAGCGGGAAGUCAGACGGCAGCGAGAGUUUCGAGAUUGUGAUUGUUGCGGGGAGGUUGUUUUCAGCUUUGUAGGCGGACGUUGAGGCGGAGAAGUCGGAGGCGAGGAGGUUUCC